AUGAAGUACAUCAGCCUCCUUAUUACAGCAGACUUCACCAUACCCAUCUCCAUGGAAACUUCAACCUACUCCUUCAUCUUGUGCUUCAUCAUCUUUCUAUUCCUUAAGAGCUAUUUGCAGGGAACUAACAAAAGAUACCCACCAAGCCCUGGUCUCUGCCUCCCCAUUAUAGGCCAUCUUUAUCUCUUCAGAAAACCUCUAUAUAGAACACUAGCAAAAUUUUCAGACAAAUAUGGUCCAAUUGUAUACAUGAGAUUUGGCUUCCGACCUGUCAUUCUUGUAUCCUCCCCAUCUGCAGCUGAGGAAUGCUUCACCAAGCAUGACAUCGCUUUUGCAAACCGUCCAAAGCUGCUGGCCGGAAAAUACCUUGGAUAUAACUAUACCACGAUUAGCUGGGCUUCUUAUGGCUCUCACUGGCGCAACUUGAGACGCAUAGCUUCCCUUAAAUUAUUGUCAUCCAACAGCCUUCAAAUUUCUCAUAGUAUACGUACAGAUGAAGUCAAGUCACUCAUUUGCCAGUGUUGUCGCCGCUGUAAUGGAGGUGAGUAUCAUAGUUUGGAGAUGAAGUCAGCUUUUUUUCAGCUAACUCUUAAUGUUAUGAUGAGGAUGGUAGCUGGGAAGAGAUACUAUGGGGAAGAUAUAGCUGAUUUGGAGGAAGCUAAAAGGUUCCAACAAAUUGUAGCAGAGUCAUUUCAAUUGACUGGAGUUACUAACAUUGGAGAUUUCAUACCAGUUUUAAACUAUGUGGGGGUAAGCAGACUUGAAAAGAAGUUGGUGAUAUUGCAGAAGAAGAGGGAUAAGUUCCUGCAAGAUUUAAUUGAGCAACAUAGACAAAAGCAGAGAGACUCAACUUCUGAACAUAGGAGCAAGACCAUGGUGGAUGUACUGUUGUCACUGCAAGGAACUGAACCUGAAUACUAUACUGAUGAAAUCAUAAGGGGACUGAUGCAUAUUAUGCUGACAGCAGGAUCAGAUACCUCAUCUGGAACCAUGGAAUGGGGUCUAUCACUUUUGCUCAACAACCCUGAAGCCCUUGCAAAGGCCCGGACUGAAAUUGACAACCGCAUUGGCCAAAGUAGGCUAAUUGAGGAAUCAGACCUUGCUAAUCUCCCCUAUCUCCAGUGCAUCAUAAAUGAGACUCUCCGAAUGUACCCAGCAACCCCACUACUGCCUCCUCAUGAGUCAUCAGAGGACUGCACUGUCGGAGGUUACCAUGUUCCCCGUGGAACAAUGCUCUUGGUGAACGUUUGGGCCAUACAGAAUGAUCCUAGGUUGUGGGCAGAGCCUGAACAAUUUAAGCCAGAGAGGUUCCAAAAUGUACAAGGAGAAAGAGAUGGUUUUAUGUGGUUGCCAUUUGGGGCAGGAAGAAGAGGCUGCGCCGGGGAAGGCUUAGCAUACCGGGUUGUAGGACUGGCCUUAGGGUCACUGGUUCAGUGCUUUGAGUGGAAGAGACCUAGUGAGGAAAUGAUUGACAUAAGUGUAGGGACUGGGCUCACCAUGCAUAAAGUUCAACCAUUACUAGCAAAAUGCAGGCCACGCCCAACAAUGUUGGCCUUACUUUCUCAACUUUAA